AACUUGUAUCUAGCCAGUACUGUUGACCUGGAAUUGGAACAUUCGUUCGAUUCAGGUCGCUCCUUCCAACCAUUCAAACAGUUCACUCUACGUCCCACAACUGGUGUCCUCACAAUUUCCGGCACGAGCCCACAAUCCAGUCGUAACUUGGGCAGAGAUUCUUUGCUGAUGCUGCCACAGUCAGGUGAUCUAUACGUUGUUCGUAUCAACAUAACCAAAAUCGACAGUUUGGAGUCGUCUGUCUUAAUGUGUCAGCUGUUAGCCUCUCAAAUGAAACUCAAUCUCGUUUUGAGUGUAAAUGACCAAGGAAACCCAGUUGCUGUGCAUGUAUCCACGCCGCGAUAUGAUUGUCUUUCAGAAGAUGCCUUGUCAAGUCUUCUUGCCUCUGGUCUCCCAGAGAUUUCGGUGAAUUUGGAUGUGCAAAAACCGACCAACGGAUCUAAGCCGGAAACGUUGAAGUAUCUGCAGCGGUUAGAAAAACAACGGGAGGAGAUGGCCCGGGCUCAGAAGGAAGACAACCGGUCGUUUUUUGCCAAAUAUUGGACGUACAUCGUACCGGCAGUGAUAAUCUUCAUAAUCUUUUCAAGCAUUCAGGAUGCUCAAUCCUCCGGUGGUCGACAGUGAUAUUCAGCUUGGACAACAUUUCCAGCACGUCUCUAAGGGAAUGCGUUGUCUCUUUUUGAAUCUGUACAGCCAGACAGACGUGGAAUGAUUUGUAUAAUCUCUUGUAAUUUACGAAUCUGGUUGGUUCCCUUUGAGGAAUCCAUGCAAACAUGUUCGUCUUUGUUUGCUAUAAAUUCCCCUCUUUUGAAAUUAUUUUUUUCACUCGUCUUGCCCGUACCACCGUUUCUGUGUUGUAGCCUGGGGAUCCUGUUCACACAAGUGUAAAACAACGAAGUUACAGCAGCUGGGCUAACUGGAUCUUAUUUUGCCGUAUAGCCCCAAAGUAUAUAGAACUCACUGGUCACUGAUCUUAUGCUACCAGCUUAGUUUGCAUCAUCCGUUUUUAACCUCAACUGACUGAGUAACUUGAUCUCAUCUGUAUUUUAUAUACACCCUCGUCCACAAUAUCUUUUGGAAGCCUCUGAAGAUUUAUUGGGAAAAUGAGCACAUGAUAAUCUUUCAAUUUCUCAUCUACACAAAACACUGAUUUUCAGGGCUCUAGAAAAUAC